CUGCAGCGGCGGCGCGGGGUUCGGGGCAGGCUCGCCCGGAGCUGGAGCGCGGCUCCCCCACUGCCCGGCCCGAGCUGAGCUAGCCCAGUCGCGCCUCGCCGCGCCAGCCGCGCGGCUCCUCGGACGGCGAGCGAUGUACUCUCCGUACUGCCUCACCCAGGAUGAAUUCCACCCGUUCAUCGAGGCCUUGCUGCCUCAUGUCCGUGCCUUCUCCUACACCUGGUUCAAUCUGCAGGCGCGGAAGCGCAAGUACUUCAAGAAACAUGAGAAGCGCAUGUCGAAGGACGAGGAGCGGGCAGUGAAGGAUGAGCUGCUGGGGGAGAAGCCCGAGAUCAAGCAGAAGUGGGCGUCCCGGCUCCUGGCCAAGCUGCGCAAGGACAUCCGGCCCGAGUUCCGUGAGGACUUUGUGCUGACCAUCACCGGCAAGAAGGCCCCCUGCUGUGUCCUCUCCAACCCUGACCAGAAGGGCAAGAUCCGCCGGAUUGACUGCCUGCGCCAGGCCGACAAGGUGUGGCGGCUCGACCUGGUCAUGGUGAUUUUGUUUAAGGGGAUCCCCCUGGAAAGUACUGAUGGGGAGCGGCUCUACAAGUCACCCCAGUGCUCCAACCCCGGCCUGUGUGUCCAGCCUCACCACAUUGGAGUCACAAUCAAAGAACUGGAUCUUUACCUGGCUUACUUUGUCCACACUCCUGAAUCCGGACAAUCAGACAGUUCAAACCAGCAAGGAGAUGCGGACAUCAAACCACUGCCUAAUGGGCACUUAAGUUUCCAAGACUGCUUUGUGACCUCUGGGGUCUGGAAUGUGACUGAGCUGGUCAGAGUAUCACAGACUCCUGUUGCUACGGCGUCAGGGCCUAACUUCUCCCUGGCGGAUCUGGAGAGCCCCAGUUACUACAACAUAAACCAGGUGACCCUUGGGCGUCGGUCCAUCACUUCCCCUCCUUCCACCAGCACCACCAAGCGCCCUAAGUCCAUAGAUGACAGUGAGAUGGAGAGCCCCGUGGAUGAUGUGUUCUACCCUGGGACAGGACGGUCCCCUGCAGCUGGCAGCAGCCAGUCCAGUGGUUGGCCCAAUGAUGUGGAUGCAGGCCCGGCUUCUCUAAAGAAGUCAGGAAAGCUGGACUUCUGCAGUGCCCUCUCCUCUCAGACCAGCUCCCCGCGCAUGGCUUUCACCCACCACCCGCUGCCCGUGCUAGCUGGAGUGAGACCAGGGAGCCCCCGGGCGACAGCCUCUGCUCUGCAUUUUCCCUCGACCUCCAUCAUCCAGCAGUCGAGCCCUUACUUCACCCACCCGACCAUCCGCUACCACCACCACCAUGGCCAGGACUCACUGAAGGAGUUUGUGCAGUUCGUGUGCUCGGAUGGCACAGGCCAGGCCACAGGGCAGCCUAACGGUAGUGGCCAGGGCAAAGUCCCGGGGUCAUUUUUGCUACCACCGCCGCCUCCAGUGGCCAGACCUGUGCCCCUUCCUAUGCCUGAUACCAAAUCCACCAGCACUACCCCAGACGGCGCCGCCUUGACUCCUACAUCACCCUCAUUCUCAACGACAGGCGCCUCCUCUGCCAACCGGUUUGUCAGCAUCGGACCCCGGGACGGCAACUUUCUAAACAUCCCACAGCAGUCUCAGUCCUGGUUCCUCUGACGAGAUCUACAAGAAAAAGAAAGAAGAGGAAAAGGGGGAAGAAGAGAUUUUGAGACAUGGAAAAAUCCCCCAGCCCAGCUCAGCUCAGCCUAGCCCGACUAGUCCCACCCCACCAAAAAGCAAAAAUUUAAAAGUCAUCAUCCACU